CGUCCCUGUGUGUUCGUGUCAUUCUCCUUGAAUAAGAAGUGCUUAGGUGUCCUCGGAUUUUUAAAAAUCUAUCCUCCUUUCUACCACUUUCGGGGUUUGAAUUCGUACGCGUAUACGUCAGCGACUGCGCAGAAUGCGAUAUAUUGUUCACCUGCACGCAUAUCUACUUUUGGCGUGAGCAACGCGUGGGUAUAGCAUCGUAUCCUGAGCAUCGUAUGGAAAAUACUAAAGACUAAAGAGCGAAGAAGAAGUAGAAGAACCGAAAUGGCGACGCCAAGCAGCAACGAAGGCCCGACCCCAGGACAACCAACUAAGAUGGCAAGCCCGACCGGGCCUGCAAGCACCCCGAUGGCGUCUAGGGGAGAGAGAGCCGGAGGCGCUAAGGAUGCCGGAACCACGCAGGCCAGCGAUGCGCCUGCGCCCACUGUUCAACAGCCAGGCACCCCGGAACACCGCGCUGCCACAGGGCCCAACAACUCGAGUCCUGGCAGUGCGAUGAAGGUCCACAGAGCUACAGACGACGUCGCUACCGAUGGGCCUACUGGUGCUACGUCGACGAGCCUUCCGACGACGACAAGGGCUCCAGUCGCCGGCGCCCCGACACCCGAGGCUACGGAUCGGGGCAUUGUGAAAGCGCAGUGCGCUGAGCGGCCGGGACCUGCGCAUUCUGGGAAAGCUAGCCCUGUCAAGACGCCGGGCGCUGGCCAGAUAACCACCGCUACGGUGACGUCGGGAGGAGCUAAAGGUCCUGACGCUACAGCUAACGUCGAUGCCGCGACGGCGCCCGUCGGUGUUGGUGUCGUCGCUGAGGGAGCAGCUAACCGCGUAAUCUCUCCCGUCGUUACCCCUCCUGGCUUAACAACUCCCAGCACGACCACUCCCGAAGAGUCACCCCCCGGCGCGACACCGAGCGGAGUGGUGACGCCUCCAACCAGCACAACGCCUCCUACCGUAACAUCUCACGUGACAUCUUCCGACACUUCUGGUCCGAGCGCCACAGGUCAAAAGACACUCAACGGUGUAACGAUGAAAAGCCCCACGGAACCUACCGCUGCGAAGGCACCAAGCCACGGGAAGAGUUCCGCUAGGAACUAUGGCACGGUGAAAUCUGGCGCCACUACGCCUCCCAACCCUACACAUACGAGUGCUGCAGCAUUGGCCGGGCCCACGUCAACUCCUAAGGUAUUUAAUGUUACAGGACCCAACGACGCGAAGGUAAUUAGCGACGCCAAGCGUCCCGCAACUGCGGAUCCUGGAAACCCGAAGAACGACGUGGGGGCGGCGCGUAGUGCCGCCGAUUCCGGUGGCGCGGUAAGGGCGGCGACGGUCGAAGCGGUGUUCGGAGCUGCUGAGACCGUGUCUACAAGAGCCACAGGUGCGUCGACGCCCGCAGCUACAGCCGGUUCCGCAACCAAGCCUGGCCGUGGGACGACGCCUCCCAGUGCGACGGACCUUGACACUGCGGGGCCCAGUGGAAUGACGGCGGCCAGGAGUACGGAGCCCGGUGUUUCGCGACCAGUUGCUACUGCAUCCUGCUACGACGGGCAUGCCUCACGGCCUAGCUCUUCGAAGGCGCAACACGCUCCCGCAACAUCGGCACCGUCGGUGAGGAAAUCGGCGGCUAUCAAACGUAUCCUCGAGGAACUGGAGGACGUUGUCCGUGACCCGCCGCCGUAUUGCUCGGCCGCCCCCGUGGAUUCCGACGAUCUGUUCAAAUGGCGCGCCGUCAUAGUGGGUCCCGAGGGAACGCCUUAUGAAGGAGGGCUCUUCCGCCUGGCGAUUACUUUCCCCGAUGACUAUCCGAAUAGUCCACCCAAGGUCACGUUCGUGACCAAAAUCUACCAUCCCAACGUGAGCACCGACGGUCACAUCUCCCUCGACAUCCUGCUAUGGAACUGGUCGCCGCAGAUGAGAAUGGACCAAGUGCUGCUCUCCAUUUGUUGCCUGAUGCGGACGCCGGAUCUGCAAAACGCAGUCAACGAGUACGCGGCCCUCUACUACAAGGAGGAGCCCGACAUGUACGAAAUAAUCGCCCGCGAGUGGACAACGUCGCACGCGACGUCCGGAAAAUGUUCGUACGGUGGGCUGAUGCUGGAACCAACCACGUUGAACUUGAUGAAAGAGCCUUGUGAGGCCUGGACAUGCGACGCUGAAAACUUCACGCUUACCAUUCAAAGAUGCGGGGAUUUUCAGGUCCCUCAAAACUGCGAACUCGAGGCAUCACUUGAAGCAUUUCCAAGCUGCUGUCCAAUACUCAUCUGUGGAGGCAUUUGAACCCGGAAGCAUUGGCUACAAGGAGGCCAAUUUGUUCACCAAGGCUGUAAAUGGAACUACGAAUAGACAAAUAAAUAAAUAAAUAAAGAUGACCGUUUACAGAAUUUCCAAUGAGUAAUUAUAUGCUUUCCACUUUCCCCGUACUUCGCGUGUGGGUAAGACCGCCAAGCGGAACGUUUCCCGUAACUGUGGAGCUGUUGACCAAAUCAAUCUUUUCAGGGGUCAACCAGUCUGCUUGUUCCUGUUAAUAAAUGAUAUUUUUUGCUGGCUGCUUUCACAUUCUUCAUUUCACUGCGAACUUAAAUUACGCAUUCGAAGCAGGGUUUGCUGUGUCCGUCU